GAGGGAGAUACGCACAAGAGGGAGAAGCUGGCUGGUGGUGCUGAAGAUGGCGGAUGGUGACAGUGGGAGUGAGCGCGGUGGGAGCAGCGGCGGAGGGGGAGGUGGGAGCGGGUUCCAGCCCUUCCAGAGAGAGCAGGAGACGCAGGAGCUGGCGUCCAAGCGGCUGGACAUCCAGAACAAGCGCUUCUACCUGGACGUCAAGCAAAACAACAAGGGCAGGUUCAUCAAAAUCGCCGAGGUGGGGGCCGGGGGCUCCAAAAGUCGCCUGACCCUGUCCAUGUCAGUUGCGGCGGAGUUUCGCGAUUACCUGGGGGAUUUCAUAGAACACUACGCCCAACUGGGGCCUAGCAGCCCGGAGCAGAUCGCCCAGUCCUCGGUCGGAGAGGACGGCGGGCCCAGGCGAGCCCUGAAGAGCGAGUUCUUGGUCCGGGAGAACCGUAAAUACUACCUCGAUCUGAAGGAGAACCAGCGGGGGAGGUUCCUGCGGAUCCGACAGACCGUCAACCGAGGGCCCGGGUUCGGAGUAGGUGGGCCGGGAGGAGGCAUGCAGGCCGGCCAGACCAUAGCCCUUCCGGCCCAAGGCUUAAUAGAGUUUAGAGACGCCCUUGCAAAGCUUGUAGAUGAUUAUGGUGGAGACGAAGAGGAAUUGGCCUGUGGAACGGCGGUUGGGGGCUAUGGGGAGCUUCCUGAGGGCACAUCCAUCAUGGUGGACUCUAAACGGUUCUUUUUCGACGUCGGGUCCAACAAAUACGGCGUGUUCCUGCGAGUGAGCGAGGUCAAACCGAGCUACAGGAACUCUAUCACCAUCCCGUUCAAAGCGUGGGGAAAGUUCGGAGGGGCUUUCAGCCGCUAUGCCGAGGAAAUGAAAGAGAUCCAGGAGCGACAGCGGGAUAAAAUGUACGAGAGGAAAGAGGAAUCGGAGGGAGAGGAGGUGGAUGAUGACUGAGUAGUUGAAACAGCUGAUAGAAUUCAGUUCACACAGUGAGAUCUGCAAUAUUAUAUGUGGCAGAAAUGACAGAUUUAAGUGCAUGACGAAUCGAACUUUAAUACAAAAAAAUAUCGUGGCAUAAAAAGUACGUUUGAAAUGGGAACCAUUGUUGAUGUAUUAUUAAAACCUGGAGUUUGUUAAUGAAAGUUAUGGGGCGAAGAGUGGCUAAAUGAAACCUUUCUCAUGGGUUAAAGAAAUUUAUGAAAUUUAUGUUUUGUAAAAAAAAAAGAGAAAUAUCCCUAAAACCAGCAACUUGGUUUUCAUAACAGUUUCAGAAGCCAAUGAAAUCUUUAUAAUAAAUGUUUCCUUUAAAAUAUAGAUAUAUAUUUAAAAGAGUAAGGAGUUGACCCCAUUUAAUGUAGCUAUUAUUUCCAUUGCUCCUUGUAAGGAGAGAACCAGCAUCCAUUGUAUCCCUGUUCUAGGUCUCUCCUAUGUGGUCAGUGUGUGUGGUAUCCUUACAAGUUAGUGAAAGUAGUAGGAAAGAAUGUCUAGAAUAAUUGUCAUUUUUUUCUGGAGGUUUAUAUUUGGUGUUAAUUGAUGGAGGUGGGGAAAGCUAUAUAACAUGGGCUGUGCCAAAGCAGGCCCCUUAACAGACGAUUAUGAUGAUAAACGUUACGGAGAUAACUAUAUCUGCAGGCUUAUCUGAAGGCCUUGGAGACUAAAUUGGAGACUUGUGCUAACAUAGUUAGCCCACAGUAUCAUGUCAUCCUCCAAACAAAUAGGCCUAAACAUGGUAGAUGAGUGAAUGGUUGUCUAUUUUUAUUUUUUAUAAACAUGUAAAUGCCUGACAAUAUUUACUAGGUCUGUUUCCUGGGACUUAUUUUAUUUGUAAGUAACUUAUAUUAUCUUGUAAGAUUAUGUCAGAGGGGAGCAGAGCAGUGUGCCAUCUCCCACAGCAAUGUGGCCUGGUAUCAAGAGAGUGGCAGGCCUAUUAACCAAUCGGCAACCAGAAAAGACAGUCUCUUCCUGCUGCUUCCCAGUUCGGAACAGUUUGUGCAUAUAUUAUGCCAAUAUUUUGACGUUUUUGUACGUUUGGUCUUCGGCUGUUUGUGCACAAUUUUCUCUCGAAUGCAAGCCGAAGUCAGUAGCUGAAGUCUACGCCCCUUUCGACGGAUUGGUCAAAAGUAUGCACAUUUUUUCACUUGAGAAAUACUGAUGGAAAAAGAUCUCCUCUGCAAAAACAUCCAAAUGAAUGACAUAUUUCUUGAGUUAUAUUAGAACAAAUUUAGUGUGCACGAACAGCCGGAAAAAACCCUUGCCGAAGACCAAAACGAAGAAAAACGUCACACAAGUUGUCAUAAUAUAUGCGCAAACUAUUCCGAACUGUUUUGGAUGGGAAGCAUGCGGAUGCCUUUACCCACACACCAACACUGUGCCCCAGAGGAGCUACUAGAACUGUCACCCAGCCAGCCCAGAGUGUGUGGGGCAUCAAGGAUAAGGUACCAACACUGUCUCAGAGCCCAGGUAUCAGCACCGCCACACCACUGACGCCUCUGGACCGUAACAAUUGGAUGAAUGGUUUCCUUUUUAUUUAGAAAGAUAACUAUAUUGAAAGAAGAUUAUACUUCUAAGUGAGAAGAUUUAAAAAAAACCUAGCAUACAAUAUUUUUUACCUUAUCUUAAAAUACCUUGAAAAGUAUAUGAAUUAUAGAUGUGUAACGCAGGCUUAUGAAACAGCUGGGAUGCGACCGAAUUGUCCAUGUUUUUUUCUUUGUUUAUUCUCACUUUAAUUUGUUGCUUUUCUCCCAGAGAGUGAAAUAAAUAACACUUCUGUGAUUAAAAAAAUAAUAAUUAA